UAUACAUGUAGUUACUCCCAAUAUAUGGCAAAAAUAACUAACUAGAUCAACAAUCUUACAUAUUAAUUAACAUAUGUCAGAAAAUUCAACUUAAAGCUGUUGUAAAUGGUGGCCAUCUUGAAAAAAUUGUCUUUGGCUACUGUACUGUAUAUGUGUACCAAAUUUCACGCUUUUAUCACAAAGUGCACAAUUAUUGAACUAUCAAGCUAAGCCGCUCCACUAAUAAUUGAAUCAAGAUUUGUUUGGUUUUAAUUCAGCUUUUUUUUUUGUUUGUUUGUUUUUUACAUUGUAGGUUUUCUGGCCUUCUUCCAAGCAGCCAUGUCUGGAGGUCCACCCCACAUGCCAGCGCCUGUGUGCUUGAUUGAGAAUGCAGAGAGCAGACUGCAAACGGUGGAAUCAGCCCUGGACAUCCUCAGGGGGAUCCAGCAGCCUGUGGUGGUGGUGGCUGUGGUGGGGUUGUAUCGCACUGGCAAGUCUUACCUCAUGAAUCGGCUAGCUGGGCAACAGUCAGGCUUUGCUCUGGGCAGCACCAUUGAGUCUAAGACCAAAGGCAUCUGGAUGUGGUGUGUGCCUCACCCCUCUAAACCAGGACACACGCUGUUGCUGCUAGACACUGAAGGAUUGGGUGAUGUCGACAAGGGCGACUCGAAGAACGAUGCCUGGAUCUUCUGUCUGGCCGUGCUGCUCAGUAGCACCCUGGUGUACAACAGCAGAGGCACCAUCGACAACCAGGCUCUAGAGAAACUCCACUAUGUGACUGAGCUGACAGAUCACAUCCAGAUAAAGUCAGCAGACGAUCGUGAUGAGGAUGAUGAGGAAGAGGACUGUAAGUUUGUCCGCUUCUUCCCUGACUUUGUCUGGGCCGUUCGGGACUUCACUCUGGAGAGGAAGCUCAACGGUCGCGAUGUGAGUGAGGACGAGUACCUGAACUUUGCCCUGCAGCUGAAGAAAGGUCUGAAUAAUAAAGCGGUGACCUACAACCUCCCGAGACAGUGCAUCCGGAACUUCUUCCCGGCCCGGAAGUGCUUCACCUUCCCGUUCCCAACGUUGGCGAAAAACAUGACGAACCUGGACUCCAUGGCUGAGGCCGACCUUUUCCCAGACUUCCUGAGUGUCGCUAAACGCUUCUGCAGUUACGUCUUUGCAGAGAGCCGCGUGAAGACGGUACAGGGUGGCCACAAGGUCACCGGCAGCCGGUUCAGCCAUCUUGUGAAGAUCUACGUGGACGCCAUCAACAGUGGCAGCAUUCCCUGUCUGGAGAAUGCUGUGGUUGCCAUGGCAGAGAUUGAAAACCAGUCAGCCGUGAAUGCGGGCCUCCAGCUCUAUGAGCAAGGCAUGGGGGAUUUGAGUAAGACCUUUCCCACGGAUCUUGGAACUGUCUCGGCAGAACACCAUCGUCUCUCCACCAUGGCAAGGCAGGAAUUCCUCAAACGUUCCUUCAAGGAUGAGGAGGGGAAAUACAUGACCCAGCUGGAGGAGAAGGUGUCGCAGCUCUCUGAGCAGCUGUUCGCUCUGAACAUGGAGGCCUCGGGGAAGCUGUGUCGGAAACUUCUCUUGGAUCUGUAUGGACCAAUGGCCGCCAACAUUCAGCAGGGCAGAUAUGCCAAGGCAGGCGGGUAUGAGAUCUACUGCCUUGACCGAAACGCCAUGGUGGCCAAGUACCGGCAACAUGGCAAGAAAGGCAUGAAGGGGGAAGAGAUGUUGGAGAAUUUUAUCCAGGAGAAGAACGCUGAGGCCAACUCCAUCCUGAAGGCUGACGAGACACUCACAGAGUCCGACAAAAAGAUGGCAGAGGCCCGUGAGCAGGCGAGGGUGCAGGAGCAGAAGGUCAAAGCCGAAAAGCAGCGGUCUCAGGACCUGCAGUGCGCCCUGGAGGACGAGCGUUGCAGCCAGGAGGAGUGUGUGGCACGCCUGGUGGAGAAGAUGGAGGAGGAGAAGCGGCUCCAGCACGAGGAGUUGGAGCGAGCCCUGGAGAGCAAACUGAAGGAGCAGAGGGAGAUGCUGGAGAAGGGCUUCAAAGACAAGGCUGAGAUCAUGGGCCAGGAGAUCGAGCAACUCAAGAAGGAGAAGACUCAGAUUAAAGAGGCCAAGCCAGGGUUCCUCGAGAAAGUCUUCCUGCCUAUAGCCAAGAUCGGCAAUAAUGUCUUCUCCACCGUCCUGCAGUACAAAGGCAUUCGUAAAAUGUUUAAGUAGUGGUUGGCCUAGUGCCAAUGCUGCCCAGUCCUGCUAUGGUAGGGUGAGAGCAGGGCAGGCUUAUCUGCAGAGGAUCACUAUGGCAGCGGGGUCUUACGACUAGAGGGAGCAGCUUAGUCUCUACCGGAUCAGAAAAAUAGAGUUUCAAAAUAUUCUGACAACCAAAUUCUCUUAACAGAUGGGCAUAUCCAUUGAGGUUCGUCCUGGUCCAGGGUCUUUUCUGCAUCUUCUUCUGGCCUACAAACUCCUCGUUACAUAGUUCAUUUUACAGUGGGGUGUCUCUCAAUACUAAAAAGGUGUGCAUUUUUAAUAAUGGGAUGGUAAAACAAAUGAAUUGUAUUGAAUCAGUAUCUAUCUUAAAAAAUUUUAAAAAUUUCCCUCGGGAUUAAUAAAGUAUCCAUCUAUCUAUCUAUCUAUCCUGAUUCUGAACCUCUGUCGACUGCUGGCUGUUUUGUGUUUGAUUGAUCCGAGACGCCGUCUGGACUACAUUGUGUAUGUGUUCUCCCAUGAAUGUAUUGCGUCACUGGUAGCAUAUGCUACUUUCUUUUCUGUCGGACUAGUCAGUAAUAACUUAUUAGCUGUCUUGCUAUGUGUUGUGCUUGCUUGAUGUUUGGCUGUGUUAGGAAUGUUGUCGACUUGCUAGUUUUCAUCAUAAAUAUCCCUGCCAAUGUUAUUUAUGAAAUAAUUUGACAUAGGCUGUAACCUUGUUGGUGUCAUCCCUGUCACACGGAGAUUUGUAGUUUUUCCAGAUGUCCAAAGUCAUCAACCUGUCCUGUCUCAAGCUAGCAUCCAAAUAAAUUCAUCUCAUGUCAAAAA